AUCGGUCACGUGCCCAUCCCUAGCCCCAACUGCCAUUGUGAACUGACAAUUGAUACUUUUCCGCACGAAAGUUUGCAUUUGCCAAGGAAAAUAAGAUGCUGUCGCAAUCCCUGCUAAGUGGCAUGCGUGUCCUGCGCACCGAGGCCCGCCGUAACUUCGGAAUCGCGGCCCCCGCCCUGAACAAGGCCUCCGAUCCCAUCCAGCAGCUGUUUCUGGACAAAGUGCGCGAGUACAGGCAGAAGAGCUCUGGCGGCAAGCUGGUGGACUCCAGUCCCCAGAUCGAGCGGGAGAUGAAGACGGAACUGGACCGUGUGGCCAAGCAGUACGGCAGCGAUGGCAAGACCGACAUGCUGAAAUUCCCCGAGUUCCAGUUCCCCGAAGUCAAGGUGGACCCCAUCACCCAGGCCCCCCAGUAAAGAUCGAACCUCGCCUAUGAGUUAGUCUAAUUGCUUUAAGUUCUGAUGCUGAUUUCGCAUGUGAGACCCAAAAAACAUGGGCACUACGUCAACAACAACCAAUAAAAUCGGGAAAACAACAAGCGAUACGUUUGUAAAA